CAUGGAGAUAGUCUUUAUUGCAUUUAUUUAAGAAGAAAAAGACCAAACACGAGUGUCUUUAAGUUAUGGGGUUUUAAAAAUAAUUUUUAUAUGUGGGUUUGUAAACAUGACAAACAGAACUAGAAGAUGUGUCUCAGGGAGAUGGAUGGAUGCGAAUUUUUAUAACUUUUCCACAUUUUAUCUUGUCUGCUGAUGCGUAGUCCUUGUAUAUUAAUACAUUUGGAUAAUAAAAAGAUGCAUCCGUCUAACUAGUGUUAAGCUGGCAAAGUGGAAGAAAUAUCCGAAGUGUCUUAAGUGAUUGAACAAUUUAUGUAUACUAUUUUUUCUUUUUGUUAAGAAAUUACAAAUCUGAAGUGAAAUUAUCUCGUACGUUGGUUAAAUGCUGUCUUGUAAACUGAUACAGGCAUACGCGAGGAAAAUCCGUUCUCAGGUUUUCCAACUUCAUCAGUAUGUGUUCUUUCUUGUAAUGUUAUGUGAAAUUUGCUUAAAGGUGACAGUGAGACUAUUUAAUCUUGGAACACCGGCUGGAAAACGGCCUUUGUGCUCUAAGGGUGGGAUGCGAUUUCUAAUCCAAACCGUUUUGGUUUUCUUUUAGAAAGUUAAUAUUUCUCCGUGCAGUUAAACAACAUCCAAUGGUCUUUGCUGGAAUAAAUAUUGUGGCAUGAUAGUUUCAUAUAACUAUACAUAAUCUAUAUGGAUACACGUGUGUAUAUAACAAAUAGUGAGUUGGAACACUGGAUCCUUGAAUACCAUUUCUAGAUCUCGGAAUAUUUUUGUUACUGGAAAAGCAAAGUAGAAAAAAAAUUCGUUAUUUCAUUUAAAGUGGAUUUACAAGAAACUACUUUGGUUAUAAAAUGAUCCUACUCGGAGUUCAGUUAAUGCCUUAAAGAAACAAGCUACCGGUGGGUUCCUGUGACUAACACCAGUGGAGUGCCAGGGUUUUAUUUGUGGAGUUCUCCUAGUGGGAAUGAUGCGGUGCAAACGGGAGUGCUCACAGAGAUGGGAUUUAGUGAUCCCCGCAAGCACAGGAUGAAAGCAAUGGGGUUGGCAUGUGCUGGAAAAUCAGCCUGGGCUCCUUUCGAUUUCCUCCGAUUAGCUGUCUUUGCUUUUGCUUCGCGCGAGGAUUUAAGGCUCUAGAGGAGCAGACCAUGCCUUCCAUCAGCAGUGACAGGGCUGCUCUGUGCGCCGGCUGCGGGGGUAAAAUCUCGGACCGUUAUUACCUCCUGGCUGUGGACAAACAGUGGCACAUGCGCUGCCUGAAAUGCUGUGAAUGUAAACUCAACCUGGAGUCCGAGCUCACCUGCUUCAGCAAGGACGGCAGCAUCUACUGCAAGGAGGACUAUUACAGGAGGUUUUCGGUCCAGAGAUGUGCGAGAUGUCACCUGGGGAUUUCUGCCUCCGAGAUGGUCAUGAGGGCCAGGGAUUUGGUAUAUCACUUAAACUGCUUUACUUGCACCACUUGCAACAAGAUGCUGACCACUGGCGAUCACUUUGGCAUGAAGGACAAUCUGGUGUACUGCCGCCUCCAUUUCGAGACUCUCAUCCAGGGGGAGUACCAGGUGCAUUUCAAUCACUCGGAUGUAGCCGCUGGGAAGGGCCCGGCUUUGGGAGCCGGCUCUGCCAACACUUUGGGACUGCCUUAUUACAAUGGCGUGGGGACUGUCCAGAAGGGGAGACCCAGGAAAAGAAAAAGCCCGGGGCCUGGAGCAGAUCUGGCAGCCUACAAUGCAGCUUUGAGUUGCAAUGAGAACGAUGGUGACCACCUGGACAGAGACCAGCAAUACCCCAGCAACCAGAAAACAAAGCGCAUGAGGACGUCCUUCAAACACCACCAGCUGCGCACCAUGAAGUCGUACUUUGCUAUUAACCACAACCCUGAUGCCAAGGACUUGAAACAGCUAGCUCAGAAAACAGGCCUCACCAAAAGAGUUCUUCAGGUUUGGUUUCAAAAUGCUCGAGCCAAAUUCAGACGGAACCUCUUACGUCAAGAAAACACAGGGGUGGAUAAGACUUCAGACUCAACACUCCAAGCAGGGACCCCAUCAGGUCCUGCCUCAGAAAUAUCCAAUGCCUCCAUGAGUCCAUCCAGCACUCCCACUACUUUAACAGACUUGACUAAUCCCACUAUGCCAACUGUGACGUCGGUCUUGACAUCAGUGCCCGGAAGUCUUGAGGUUCACGAAUCUCGAAGUCCUUCACAGACAACUCUUACAAAUCUUUUCUGAUGACUCUUUCUUAAUAAUUUCUUUAAAAAAGAAAUUAUUCUUAGCUGAAAUUCCAAGUGUAUUUUAAUAGAGGCUUUGAGCAACUGACUAACCACAAUUAGGAUCUCUCCUAAAAAACAGAAGGAAAUGUAGUGUUCUGGUAUUAUGGAGUAUGGACUGAAGAAUAACUUGGAAGAUCUAUUGCAACACAACAUUUGUGUAACUGUACAGUUUUGUGGACUGAGCAAGGGAAACAGCAAUUAAUUUAAGUUGGCUAAAGCUUCUGUAUUUUCAAAGACUGCCAUGUGCCUUAUAUACUGUUUUAUCUACAUUCUUUGGAUUCCAUGUCCACUUCUCUCUUUUUCUCUCUGUAUAUUUAUGACCAGGGCAAAAAUGUUAAAGAGUUUGUUACUUUGAAUAGUCCUAAGCCUUUCAUUGGUUGCUUUGUUGUUUUAGAAUUUUAAGGUCGAAGUCUGUUCGAGUACCAGAAUUUGUAAAAUCUAACCAGUAAUAAAACCACUUAUGGAAACUACUUGGUAAUGGCUGCAGUUACAUUUAACAUUAGUGUCACAAUCGAGGUAGGCUGACUGCAUCUGAAAAGGUUAGAAAAAUGCACUUCAAACACAGUGUCUGCCUAGGAAAAACCUUGAAUAUGAUGUACACAUUCCUCUGGUUCCCACAGUAGAUAUGGGUGAGAAAUCCAGCUUGUACAACAGUCCAGGUGUCCAUUGUAGAGAAAUAAUGUUAGUUGCAGGUAGAAGUUACCAGAUAAUGUUAAAAUUCAAACAGAAGAACUGCGCUUCAUUCUGCCACGUGAAGGAAACCUGACUUGGGCCAGCAUGUAUGAAUCUUGUUUUUGUGCAGGGUGGGGCUUGUCCCUUGUCCUGGAGGGGGCCUGGGGGUCCCACAGCUGUGUGACCACAGCCAGGCCACCAUGGAGAUGGACACAGGGAAAGGUGUGCCCUAGGGAAAAGACAGAAGUGUUGCAGGUUGUUUUACAACACUGGUGGCAAAGUUGAGGCAAAAUUGUGUCUUAUAAAGUCACAGCCUUACAUUUUCUGUAAUGCUUUGAAAGAAUAAAAAGCCAAGGAAGAAUAUAUUAUUGACACUAAAAGUGGUUAUUCCUUUAAUGAUUAAGGACCUUUCAAUACAAUUGAAUUCCUUCUCCCCAAAAAUCUCUGCAGAAUAUCUCAUAUUUUGAGGUUUUUUCCUGUUAUUUUUAAAGUUUCUUCUCUGUAAUAAAAGAAAUACCUCAGCAAAGUUUAAAUAUGUAUAAGAAGGAGCCUACACUAUGCUGUUUGCCCAGUAGGUUUAGAGGUUUGGAGUGGUGCAUGAGAUGCAGAUGGUUGUUCCUUUUCAAACCUGCUCCCAUCAGUUCUUUCAGUCAGAUGUUGGGUUGUUCUGGCCAGCUCUCUGAAACUAAUCCCUCAUUCCCAAUGGAUCAGAAUUACUAAAAGAUUAUUCCAAAUAAACAGCAAGAUGGGUGCCAAGAUUUGUGUUCUUUGCCCUUCUCAGGGCAUUGAAGAUGAUUUUGUAGGCUGGACUUUUUCCUAACAGUGUUUUUGUUUUAAAAGUGCUACAAUUUAUUCAGCUUUCUGAGCUGCAAAUUUGCUGUUCUUGUGCAAGCCAAAUUCCUAUCGAGAUCAGGGAGAGAAUUCAGAGCAUGAGGACUAUGGGAUAGAAAAGCUGACACAAUUAGGUCAUUUAUUAACCUUUUUUACACUUCAGCUUACAAAACCCUGCAGGUGAGCUAUGGGUAAAGCAGGACAGUGCUCAAAGAUGGGAACUAGCUGAGAUCUGGGAGAGGGAUUGGGGUCUGGCCCCAAACCCAGGGGUGGCAGGGUCCCUUGAGUUUCUGCACAGUGAUGAGACAUUAACAAAGAUCAUUUGUGUUGAAUUUAUAAAUGUUACAGGUUUGUCCAGGAUAUUUUUCCUCAUAUUGCAGAUGUCUAAUAAGGAUGUUGUGCUGGCUGCUGGACUGUAACAGAUACAUAUCUGCCUUUCAGAGCUGUUCUGACACGGAGGUUCUGCUGUUUGUAACGUUUUGUUCAUUGUCAAUCACCUGGGAGAUUUUUUUUUUAACAUGCUAAGCUGGAUCUUUUCUUGAUUUAAAAGGCAAGUUUGGUCCACUGUUACAUGGUUACAACCCAUAAUUAAAACCCUGUGUGUUAACCUGUGAACAGUUUAAAAAUUCCGAAUCCUGAGAUCCGAAGUGUUGCGGCAAAUGUAGCGGAGAACAAUUCCAAUGGUCCUUGAAAAUUGUACUGCUAUUAUUUGUGAUCUUGUAUCUUAACUACCUGAGUCCAUGUGGAUGGAAAUACCUUUCAAAUCAAUUCUCAAUAUUGCCUUUUCAAACACCUGACCUUCAUGAAGGGGAAUACUCUCAUGUUAAUCUUAUCUGAAACCUAUACGAGACAAUUAGAGAAAUUGUCUGGUUUAAUCAAAUCAGGGAUUUUGCAUAUAAAUAAGAGACAAUAUUCUAUGUAGGGUCUUUAUGUAGGUGCAUUAGGAUUCACUCUGGCUCCAAUGACCUAUGUUGUCCCCAUGACUGUUUCAAUCCUGUGGUAUUGUUUGGUUGUUUAGAGCUUGUUGGUUUUGAAUGCUGUACAUUUUUUUACUACUGCAAUCCUAAUGUUUCUUCACAUUCUUGUACAGUUCCACAUUUGAUGUAUUAGUCUGAAAUUCUGUUAAAAACAUGAACAAAAAUGGAAAUGAUAUUUCUUUGGAAGUGUAUUUUUACUGUAUAUCUAAUUUGAACUAGUUGAACAUACUUCUUUACAUUUUGCAUGAUAGGUGUGUAGUUAAUUUUUUAAAUAUGAAAGAGACUUAAUAGCAACUUAGAACAAGAAUAUAAUGAAACUAUACAAAUAUGGAAAUACAUACAAUGAUUUGCUA